AGAGGUAUUAAAAGAGAAGAGAGACAGAGAGAGAAAGAGAGAGAGAGAGAGAGAGAGAACGUUUCAACGCCAUUUGUUUCCGGUGAAAGCUAAACUAACAAACUAUUCGUUGUUUUGUUUCUCUCUCUCUCUCUUUCUCUCUUUGGUCUAACGGGUUUCUCAUUUCUGGGACAAAGUCUGUUCUUUUCGAUCCUCAAUGUCCAGAUGGUUGGUUGAAUUUGAGCAUCAAGAAGAAGAAGAAAACUAACAGAGAGAGAGAGAGGAAAGGAUCUGAAGUUCAACGACUGUUUUAGAGAUCUGAAGGCUAAAAUCUUUGAGCGAGCUUUGAGGGGGGGACAAUGAGCGCUUCAAGAUUUGUAAAGUGUGUGACGGUUGGUGAUGGAGCUGUUGGAAAAACAUGUUUGUUGAUUUCUUACACCAGCAACACUUUCCCUACGGAUUAUGUUCCUACAGUUUUCGAUAAUUUCAGUGCAAAUGUUGUGGUUAAUGGAGCCACCGUUAAUCUUGGAUUGUGGGACACUGCAGGGCAAGAGGAUUACAACAGAUUAAGACCACUAAGCUACCGUGGGGCAGAUGUUUUCAUCUUGGCCUUCUCUCUCAUCAGUAAAGCCAGUUAUGAAAAUGUCUCCAAAAAGUGGAUUCCGGAGUUGAAACAUUACGCGCCUGGUGUCCCCAUCAUCCUUGUUGGAACAAAGCUUGAUCUUCGAGAUGAUAAGCAAUUCUUCGUCGACCACCCUGGCGCUGUCCCGAUUUCAACUGUUCAGGGAGAAGAGCUGAGGAAGCUAAUAGGAGCACCUACUUACAUCGAAUGCAGUUCCAAAUCUCAAGAGAAUGUGAAAGCUGUCUUUGACGCAGCCAUACGAGUGGUGUUGCAACCGCCUAAGCAGAAGAAGAAGAAGAGCAAAGCCCAGAAGGCAUGCUCCAUCCUAUGAUGAUGAUUGGAAAAGCUCUGUUUUAUAUUAUAUUUGUUGGUUUUUGAUAUAUUAAAAAUCUUCUAACAAAUGUAUCAAUGUGUUAAUGGACAGGGACACCCAUGUUUGGUUUUGGUCU